AGGAGAGAGAGUGAUAAACAUUUUGCGAUGAAUGCGUUGAAGCUGAAGGCGGUGUCACCGACCACCCCUGACGACGCGGCGAAGAAGGCUGAGACGGUGGAUCUCGGAAACGGAAGCGACGUCGUUUACAUUCAGAGGCUUUUACCCUCCGACCAGUCAUGGAACUGGUUCCAUUACCUCGACAAACACAUCCCAUGGACCCGACCCACCAUUCGCGUUUUCGGUAAAAACUUCCUCCAGCCAAGAGACACAUGUUAUGUUGCAACUCCAGGAUUGACUGAAUUGACUUAUAGUGGAUAUCAGCCACAUGCAUAUUCUUGGGAUGAUUAUCCUCCACUUAAAGAUAUCUUGGAUGCUGUUCAUAAAGCUCUCCCUGGGAGUAGUUUUAAUAGCUUGCUGUUAAAUAGGUAUAAAGGUGGUAAUGACUAUGUUGGUUGGCAUGCUGAUGAUGAGAAGCUUUAUGGACCUACUCCUGAAAUUGCUUCUAUGUCUUUCGGGUGUGAGCGCGACUUCAUUUUGAAGAAGAAGCCUUGUAAAAAAUCUUGUGAUGGAAGUGAUGAGCCUGCGAGCAAGCGAUUAAAGAAGAGUAGCCAUGCUGAUCAGCAUACAUUUAGACUCAGGCAUGGAUCCCUUUUAGUGAUGAGGGGUUAUACCCAGCGAGAUUGGAUUCACUCUGUACCAAAACGUGCAAAAGCUGAAGCUACUCGCAUUAAUCUUACCUUCAGGCGAGUUUUUUGAUUGGCUUGGGACAAAGGCCGGUUUUGGAUUGCAUUGUUGUAAAUCUGCAUCCGGCAGUUGAGAUGAAAUGCCUGGGUUUUGUGUCAAGUUUAUAUGAAUAUUAUAAUUUUGUUGGACUUUUGUUUAA